GAAGGCUUCUGAAUUAGCAGUUUUAUGUGAUACAGAUGUUGGUCUUGUGAUGUUCUCUCCUACUGGUCGAUUGACUAGCUUUGCAAGCAAUGGAAGGAUUGAGGAUAUCUUUCUUCGUUAUGUUGACCGGCCUAAUGAACUACGAGGAGGGCCUAUUGAGAAUGAAGAGCGUUUAUAUCGAAGCCUCAAGAAUUCGAAGUAUGAAGGAGAAAUCCUGGAACAGAUAGCAAAGUAUGACCUUUUCUUUUUCUCUCUCUCCCACACACAUACACAGCAGCACAGACCUUUAGCAAUUUAUGCAUGUCUUUUCUUCUGACUUUUUUUUUUCUUCUCUUAUUCUCUCUUAUUUCUCCAUCAAAAUGAUUCACAAACUGGUAAUGGCAUGACAAGCUCAGACUUAAGACUCUUGGAGAAGAACUCCAUGAUCUCAAUCAGCUAGAAGAUGAAAUGCAGCAAAAAAUGAGGUCCUACAAUCCAGAUAUAGAGAAGAUCACCUCGAUUUAUGAUGCUCUAGUGCACCAGAAGUUUCUUACUAAUGCUAUUCAACGUAUUGAAGAGAUGAAACAGGCAAAGCUGCUUGGUAAACAAAUUGUUCCACUGGAACCUGACAGCAUUGAAGUAGGAAAGGAAAAGGAAAGUCAAUCAAGUGAAGUACCUGUUCUUGAUAUAAAGGAUUCAAAUUUUAUGGCUGAAGAGUCUGUAGAUCCUAAUGGAAGGAGGAAUCCAGUGAUGGAAGAUCAUCACCAGCAAAAGACAUGCUUCCUUGGGGGGCCGCACCUUAGUAUUGACUACCUAAAAACCCAAAGUAACUGGAACCUUCAAUGUGGUAGCAGUAGCACAUCCCAAGGUUGACAUUAUGGCAGCUUUCAUGGUUUUACAUGACAAGCAGUAGGAUUAGUAUCUGUUACUGGGUACUGUUGUGGUUUUGUAGCCCCGUUUCUCUAAAUAUGUUGAAUGUGGAACAUGAUUUACUAUAUAAAUCCCAAAACAAAAGAGGUGCCUAGAGGUUUUGAGAAUUGUAGUGAUCUGUUUAAUGUAUCUUUCUGGUGACAAGUCAUUUUUGUUUUCUGGGCCAAUGGCAAUGGAAGCUGUCAUGAAAAAUAAUUGCAAGCCCUAAA